CAUACACAACAGUGGGGUGACAUGCCUGGGCAUGUCUGCACAUUCACUUCAGUAUUCCGAGGAUUUGUGAAGCGCUUGUGGCAACCGCGACGCUAGCUCACUGUGCUCCAGGUACCGAGGAGAGCAAACACUCUACGCAGGAGAAAAUCGCUCGCUUGUGAAAAUGCCUCUGGCCAAAGAUUUACUGCAUCCCACCUUUGAGUUGGAAAGAAGACAGCACAAGAAGAAGAGGCUUGUGCAGAGUCCAAACUCCUACUUCAUGGAUGUGAAAUGCCCAGGUUGUUAUAAAAUCACAACAGUUUUCAGCCAUGCCCAGACAGUGGUGUUGUGUGUGGGAUGCUCAACAGUGCUGUGCCAGCCCACAGGAGGAAAGGCCAGGCUGACUGAGGGUUGUUCAUUCAGAAGAAAGCAACACUGACGAGAAGAACUGAAAAUGGACCUUUUGCAAAUGAAAUUUUUAGUUUCUUCUUCUUUUCAUUGAUUACAAUGAGUGUUGUGACUACAGUGAUUAAACGGAAGGUUAUUUCUACCGUACUUUUCAGAAUAAAGGCAUAGCAUUGCA